AUGGCUGAAAGGAGAAAAGACCAAUGGGCCGUGGAACCGACUGUCGCCCAAAAGGACACGAAGAACACCAGCGCUCGUUUGGAGUCGCCGAAAGAGGCAACGAGCUACAAGGACAAGCUUCUCCCAGAUGGAGAAAGGAGUCGAGGAAAUGAUCAAGGACGGGCAGGAGGCAUGAGAUGGGCGAAGAGACAAAAAGAAGCAGGGAAGCAAGAGUUCAGAAUGGGAGAGCUUCAGGCGUGUUGGAAUUCGGAAUAG